GCGCGGCCCCGCAGUCUCGGGGGGCGCGGGGCGCCGUGACGGGCGGGACCCCGGCAUGGCCUCGGGGGCGCCCGGGGAGCGGCUGCGAGAGGAGGCGCGGUGCCCCGUGUGCCUGGACUUCCUGCAGGAGCCGGUGAGCGUGGACUGCGGCCACAGCUUCUGCCUGCGCUGCAUCUCCGAGUUCUGCGAGCGCGCCGAGCCCGCGCCCGGCGGCCGCUUCUCGUGCCCGCAGUGCCGCGCGCCCUUCGCGCGCGCCGGGUUCCGGCCCAACCGGCAGCUGGCGGGGCUGGUGGAGCGCGUGCGGCAGCUGGCGCUGGGCGCGGGCCCCGCGGGCGCGCGGCGCUGCGGCCGCCACGGCGAGGAGCUCGGCCGCUUCUGCCACGACGACCAGGUGCCCCUGUGCUGGGUGUGCGACGCGGAGCCCGAGCACCGCGGCCACCGCACCGCGCCGCUGCAGGAGGCGGCCCGCGUCUACCAGGCGAAGCUGCAGAUGGCCUUGGAAGUGGUGAGGAAAGAUAUGCAGGAGGCACUGGCUCAGGAGACCAAUGUGGGCAAGAAAAUCAUCAUCUGGAAGGAGAAGGUGGAGACGCAGAGGCAGCGCUUCCGGCUGGAGUUUGAGAAGUACCGAGGCUUCCUGGCGCAGGAGGAGCAACUGCAGCUGCGGCGGCUGGAGGAGGAGGAGCGUGCCACGCUGGGCCGCCUGCGGGACAGCAAGGGGCGCCUGGGACAGCGGGGCCGGGCGCUGCGGGAGCUGGCCGAGGAGCUGGAGGAGCACAGCCAGCGGCCUGCCCUGGGCCUGCUGGAGGGCGUGCAGGAGGUGCUGACCCGAAGCCACAGUGUCCCGCGGCCAGAGCCGGAGACCAUCGCCAUGGAGCUGAGGACCAUGUGCCGCAUCCCUGGCAUGCGGGAGAUGCUGAAGAAGUUUCAAGUCGAUGUCAAGCUGGACCCCGUCACAGCGCACCCCAGCCUGCUGCUGACGGCUGACCUGCGCAGAGUGCAGGACGGGGAGCUGUGGAGGGACGUCCCCAGCAACCCGGAGCGCUUCGACACCUGGCCCUGCGUCCUGGGCCUGCAGAGCUUCUCGUCGGGGAGGCACUACUGGGAGGUGGCGGUGGGCGAGCGGGCAGAGUGGGGACUGGGAGUCUGCCAGGACUCGGUGCUGAGGAAGGGGGAGGCCACGCCCUCCCCCGAGAACGGGGUCUGGGCCAUGUGGCUGCUGAAGGGGAACGAGUACAUGGUCCUGGCCUCCCCGUCCGUGCCCCUGCUGCACCUGGAGCGGCCGCGCCACGUGGGCAUCUUCCUGGACUACGAGGCCGGGGAGGUCUCCUUCUACAACGUCACCACCGGGGCUUACAUCUACACGUUCAACCAGCUCUUCUCGGGCCUCCUGCGGCCCUACUUCUUCAUCUGUGACACGACGCCUCUCAUCCUGCCCCCUCUGUCGGAAGCCGAGACACAGGCUGGGGCGCCGGGGUCUGGGGCUGCUCCUGACCCAGCUCGUCACAGACAGGAAGAAGCUUCCUGAAGUUCUGUUCCUGUGUGGGAGGCCGGGCGGCGGCUCCUGCAGGGCGGUAGACGAGAGCCUCCCCGGACAGGCAGAGCAGCUACCCAGGCACAUCAGGAGCGGCUGUCUCCGCGCUUUCGCAUGCAGCGCCACGCAGUGCCCAUGGACUUCUCCGCAACAGACUGGCCCUCGCUGGCACAGUUACCCCGUUCCCUGUCCUUGGAACACCCCUUCAGGUCUGCCGUGGGUGAAGGCUGUGAAAUGGUUCAGAGCGGUCCAGAUCUUCAGAUCUUAUCCAAGCACCUCUCUGCUCUCUCCUCUGCCCUUUCUCUUUCCUCCUCCCCUCCCCUCCUCUCUCCUCUCCUCCUCCCUUCCUCCCUUCCUUUCCUCCCUUCCCUCCUCCCCUCUCCUCCCCUUCUGUUUCCUCUUCUCUCUCUCGGCCUCUGUGUACCUACGCUCUGAUUCAUGCUCAUUAGUUUUGUUUAGAAUUAUAUUUUCUUCUGUAGUAAUAUAUUCUGAAACGUUUUAUAUGUCUGAUACCUAUGGCUAUAAUUAAUCACUUGUCAAAUCCUCCUAGUUCUGGGGUUGAAAUUUGAAAACUGAAAUUCAAUUAUCUGAAUUUGAUACUACUGAUUUACAGAGCAUACCUUUGUCACUUCCAAUAUUUUUCCUUUAGUUUUUGAAACAUAUACUACCAUUGAAUACCUCAGAAUCCCGGCCACUGUCUUUUGGGCACAAUUCUUCAUUAGUUGUAAGACUUCAAACCACACACACACACACACACACACACACACACACUCACUCACACUCUGGUUCCUUUGUGUAUUAAUCUUAAGAUGCCGGGAAAGUGUUAAGGUGAUGUCCAGUAUGAUUCAGUAAAUUGCAAGGCUUUAGAGAUAGUGCUGUAGGGUUAGGGUUAGUACAGUGGGUUAAGUGUUUGCUUUGCUCAUGGCUGACCCAGGUUCAAUCCCCAGUGCCUCAAAUGGCCCCCUGAUGACUACUGGGUAUGACCCCAAAAUCAAAAUAAACCCACUUUUCCACUGAAGACAAUUAUAAAGAUGCUGAUAAUGAUGAGAAAAUGACAAUGUUUGGGCUUUCUGAAAGUGUACUCUGCACUUGAUACAUUCCUAAUGAAAUCUUAAAGUUAGAAAGUCAUUGUCCUGCCAUCUUUUUGUAUGAUGUUUAUACAGAAUGUUUAAAUGCUAAACAAUGAUUAAAUAAUGGC